AAUAAUGAAGUAAAUUGUCAGAAAAAUAUUGACUUACAUUUGCACAUAAACUUUGGCAAACUACCUAAAAUUUUUGUACAAUGGCCGACGAAGAAGCACCACCCGAAGAGGCACCCGAAGAAGUUCAAUCAUUUACCAGCGCAAGAACUGAACCUUUAAGUACCGAUCCAUUCACCACUGAAUUUAUGUACUACACAUCGGUCUUAAAGAUUUUGGCUCCUUUAUCGAACGAUAAUGAAAGACAAAUCGCAAUUCCUUGGAUCAGAAAAUUGUUUAGACCCGAGUACCACACCACCAAGUUGAGGGAGAAACGAAACAGGUAUUUAUCAUAUUUAGUAGUGAGCAUGUUACUGGACGAGUUGCAAGCCAAUUUUCAAAAUACGCCGCCAGAAGGUCCUCUUCCCGAUUUGAACGAUAUAAAAUUACCGACCACUAGUUGUGCUCAUUGGGAAUUGGACACCACGUGGCAGGACACGUUGAAAGCUUUGCCACAUACUUUCAAAAUGCUCAAAUGCACCAUUCAUGAUGACGAAACUGAAUGUAUGGCGGAUCACGAUUUGGAUACAGUGUUAGAUCAGGAGUUUCAAUUAUUCCUUCACAUUGCUAGACCAUACGCAGCACUUUUAACGGGACACGACAAAACAAGAAUUGCUAAUUGGAUACAAAUUUUGUGCUCCAUCCAUGGAAAAGAUUGCUGUUCGGGAAUGAAAUCUAUUAGGAACGAUUAUAUUAUGGCACUGACAUCUUAUUUAUAUGACUUAAGAACUCCUGGUCCGUUCGUGGACUAUCCACCCUUAAAAUACCUGUUAUCACUGCCGGACGCGACGGCCAGAAUGAACGAUCCUAGACCGAUAACGGAUCCGACCCAUCCGGAAGCGGAAAAGUUCCUGUGCUCUCAAAUGAUACCCGAGGACGGAGCAUUUUGUUACAUCGCUGUUACUGGCGAUCUAGUGAAUAAAGUUACCGGAAAAGAUGAAACGAAAAUCAUAUAGAACAAUUCGACAAUAAAAUCGUUUACUAAAACAA